AUGGAAAAAAUUGGUUUAGCUAGCUGGAAUGUAAAUGGUUGGAAAAAAAGCUGUGAAAUAAUAAAAAGAAAUGAUGAUGACUUGGUGCAAUUUUUAAAAAAACUCGAUAUCGAUAUUCUAUGUUUACAAGAAACCAAAACGAACGAAUCAGUUAUUGAGAAUGAUUGUAAUUUAUUAGAGGCUGAUUCAAAUAUGUAUGAAUCCUAUUGGACUUGUUGUAAAAAAAAAAAAGGGGAUAAAACACAUAAGGGAUAUUCAGGUUUAGCAACCUAUGUAAAAAAUGAGAAUAAAAUAAUAUGUUCAACGAAUAAUGUGUUUGAUGAUUUUUCUUUUUUUUUUAAUGAUUAUAUAAAAAAGGAAGAUUUAUUAAUAAAGAAGAAAUCUGAAAUUGAUAAAACAUCUAUAUCUUUUUUUUUAUUAAAUGAUAACAAGAAAAUAUAUAAUGAUCAAAAUAUAAAAUGUGAUAAAAAUGAUGAACACAACAAAAAAAAAAAUAAAACAAACAUAAGUGUCAGUGAAUUUUUUAAUGAAGGGAGAAUAUUAAUUACUAUGCACAAACAUUUUAUUAUAGUUAAUAUAUAUGCUCCUUAUUCUGGUCAUAAUUAUGAAAGGUUAUAUUAUAAGGUAAGAUUUUUUCAUGCUGUAAGAGCAAAAAUAAUACAGUUGAGAAUAGUAACAGGUUUACCUAUCAUAUUAUUAGGAGAUUUUAAUAUUUCUUAUCGUAAUAAAGAUAUAUAUUAUCUUAAUAAUAUUAUUAAUUUAGAUAUAUUAUUAAAAAAUAUACAUAAUAUAGACUUAAAAGAAGAUAUAAAAAUGAAAAUUAUAAAAAAUAUACCUUUAAUUAUUAAUACGUUAAAAGAUGAACAUAAUUUUAUUAUUAAAAAAUAUAAAAUACAAAAUAAUGAAUUGUAUAACUUAUAUUUAAAAUUUGAUACUCAUGUCAAAUUUAUAGGAAAUAAUUUUUCAUCAGUUGAAGAAAUUUUAUAUUUCUUUUCUUUAGAUCCUGUAUAUGUUCAUGACAAGUAUAAGGAUUAUCCUUAUGAGUAUUAUUUUGUUGUAAAUAAUGUCUCUGAUGAUUUUCAUGAUGUCUUCAAGAGCCCUACAGAUAGUAAUAUUAAUGUGAGUAAUAAUAAAAAUGACCAUCCCCUUAGUAGUACUAAUAAAGAUGAUCACCAUGGUAAUAAUCAUCAUAAUAAUAAAGAUGAUCACCAUAAUAGUAGUAAUAAUAAAUGUUGUAAUUUUAAGGGUCAAAAUGAAAAUAAGGAAAAUACACCUAAGAUGUCAUAUCACAAUACAUACAUGAAAAACAACAUGAACAAGAAUGAGGAUUCUAUUCAAAAAAAAAACAGAGAGAAAGAAGAUGAUGAAUUUAGAAGUACACAUAAAAAUAAAUAUAAUUUUGAACAUGACGAACUAUUAAAAAGGUAUGAAAAUUUUUCUAUAAAUAAUGAAAAAAUUUUUGAAUCCAUUACAAAUAAUAAUAAUAAUAAUAAUAAUGAAGAUUUUGAUUUGGGUUUUUUUUUAAAAAAGGAUAAAAAUAUAAAAUAUAAUAAUGAUGACAUGAAUAAAAAUGAAAGAAAUAAAAAAAUAUUAAAUUGUAAAAAAAUAUUAUGUAAAUAUAAAUAUAAAAAUAAUAUAAAUGGACAAUAUAUGGUUAAAAAUCCUAAUUGUAUAUAUUUAAAACAUUUAAAUGACAUUUUUAUAUCUUUAAAUAUUAAUCUUUCUGAACAUGAUUUAUUAAAUAUAGCUAAUAGUAUAGGUGAACCCAGUUCACCACCAUGUUGUGUUGAUAUAAUAAAAAAUUUAAUAUAUGAAGAUAAUAUGAUAGAUACCUUUUCUUUUUUUCAUCCAAAUGUAAAUGGUAAAUUCACAUGUUGGGAUACAUAUAGACAAUGUAGAGUACAUAACGAAGGUUCAAGAAUUGAUUAUAUUUUUAUGGAUUAUAUUUUAUAUGAACAUUUUAUUAAAAGAAAUACUUAUCUUUAUGAAUCUCCUGUAAUAUUAAAUCAUGAAUUAUACGAAAUGUUAAAACAAAAAUUAAAAAAAAAAAAUUCUUUAAAUUAUCAUGAUAUGAAUUCUUUUCAGACCAAUCAAUAUUAUGCUAAUUAUUUUAAUAAAAUAAAAACAAAACAAAAAUAUUUGUUAUCAAAUGAUAAUAUAAAUGAUACAUCAAGAAAAAAAAAAAACAAACAAGAAAAAGAUGAAGAACAAGAUGAACAUAAAUUGGAAGAUCAAAUUCAAGAUGCUGAAUUUUAUAAAUUUCAAUUUAAAAUAUCAACUUAUAUAGGUUUUAUUUAUACCUCACCAAAAUUAAGUGAUCAUAUAGCAGUCAAGUGUACAUUCAUUAAAAAUUAUAAUCGUAUUAAUUAUAAUAACAAAAAUAAAAUUAUUAUUAAAUUAUGUUCUUCACGUUUUAAUAUUAUACUCAAUUAUUUAUGUACAUCAAUUAAUCAAUAUAUUAUGUACUUACCUCUAUUUUUAAUAAAUCCUUCUUUAUUUUCUUUAACAACAUAUACUUUAUUAGAUCAUGUUCAUCUAUAUGAUGGUUUGUGUCCAAAUAUAUUGAAUACACAACCUCAUAAAAAAACAAAUAAAAUUACACAAUACUUUACCUUAAAAAAAAAGAAAUAA